AUGUCAUCUCUUCAAUACGCCUACGAACAAAUGCAAUUGGAUUUUCUUCACAUUUGCAGUAUGGGCGAUGAAGUUCGCGUGAGAGAUGCACUUCUGACGGGACGAGUUGACACAAAUUAUCGACAUAAAUCAAAUGGCUGGACUGCUUUGCACUGGGCUGCAAACCGUGGACACUACGACGUCGCUCUCCUUCUCAUAGAAGCCGGAUACGCUUUAAACGCAGAAGACACAAAACAAAGAGUACCGUACGACGUGUGCCCAGAAGACAAAGACAAGCUGAGAACAGUACUCCAGCCGGGAGAAGAACGCGAGAAUAUGGUGCAGAACAAUGCUUCACGUCGAACAUCAGACGCCAGUGACCAAUCGUCACCAGGAUUCGUUCCAAAUUACGUUCGUCAUCCACCAUUUCCAUAUGCUAUGAAGAAUUCAUUCGACAGUUUCUCCACUCCACCAAAUUCAUCUGGUUCGAAUGGACCAGGAUCUCCAGGACCUUUAAACUCACCAACUUAUUCAUAUGGAAGAAGAGAUUCAUUCAAUAAAACACGAUUCUUGUUAGUUAGAACAAGCGUGGAAAAAGGAAAAGAAACAUACAAACGAGUGACACUUCCCGGUGGAUCAGAUGUCGACCGACUCAAAACAACUAUUGAAAAAGCAUGCAAAGGACGACAAGUAGAUAUGAUAUUCACACUGCCAGAUAACGAUUUAGUAGAAACAAUCGAUCAGAUUCAUCAGUUCAAAGACUGUCAGAAAAUAGAUGUAGUUUUCAAGGAUAACGGCAGAGAAACGACUCCAGCAGUGACGGGUGACGAAGUCAAAAUGUCGGAAGAACGAGAAGUGUCACCAAAAGAUUUGGUCGUUGAAAAAGAAUACGGACAAGAAGAUAUCGAUAUUCCGAAAAAUGAUGAACACGAGGAUAAGGACGAGGAGCCAAGACCAGCAACUCCAGCUGAGGAUCUCUCCCGUUUUGUGAAGGAGCCAAGCCCACCAAUCAGUCUCGCAGCUACUGAUUUGGAUUCGAAUAAUGGUGAAGGAAACGGAGAAGGACAGGAGCCAAAGUUGAUUCCACUGGCUACCCGUCAAAGUCUCGACUCGGAUCCAGGAGAUUUUGAGAAGGUCGAUAAGGAAGAGGCUGCCAAGUUGUCUGAAACGUCUCCCGCUGUUGCUGGAAUCGCCGCUGCUAUUCCAAUUAUUUCGGCUCAAGUCGAGGAUGAGCACAACGAUCCGACGGUCCCCGAGCCAGAACAAGAGCCAACAUUCGCUCCACCACCAUCUGCUCGUCAGGCACCUUCUUCCAAAGCAACCGUCGUCGAAGAAUCAAAACAAGUGCCAGAAGAUAGACAAUCGAGUGAUUUGGCCACGUGGAUUCACAAUAAUCCGGAUAUCGUGAGAAAUGUUGCGACUGCCGCUGCAGUUGCUGGAGUCGCUGGACUCGGAUACUACGUCUACGUUAAGAAAUUUAAGUAA